CGUUGCUUGGGAUUUGGGAUCUUCUUGGCCAAUGCAAACACCUCCGGCACUCCAUCAGACUCCCGCCGCUCCACGGUGGCUGUUCAGCUCGAGCUGGUCGGAACCGUCGCAUCGAGCUGCGUCCAUCCCUUCUAAGUCCGUGGCCUCUCCUCGGCCGACGCGACCCGAGUCCGCGCGGGGUCUCGGCAGAGACCCGCUCGCGCCCGGGACGUCGCGUCGCAUCCGAGUCUUCAUAUGCUGCUCAGGUGGUUGCUGCUGCAGCCCCUUGCCGUCGCGGUCGCCCGCGUGCUGCUCUUCUGGCCGGUGGACGAUAGUGAGCGAACCCAGAGGCUCAUUAAGGCCAAUGUGCGGCACGCCGAGGAGCAAAAGAUUGAGUUCGAGGUGAUCUUGGCACACUACCGUGGCUUCAAAGAGAACUGGGACCAGGAGUGGUAUCAGAAGUAUGUGGUCCAGUCGCUGAACGGCACAGGCUACAAGUUCCACUUCUUGCGCUCGGCCUACCUCAAGCAGGCUGAAGCCUGGGACAAGCGUUACGAGUUCAUCUGGGCACUGGACAGCGACAUCGACAUCUCUCGUGCCGACCUGUCACAGUUCUUAGAGAUCGCUCGGGCGCUCGACUCCUUGAUCAUUGGUCCCACCUUUCUGGAAGGAAAGACGGGCCCAAGCUUCUUACAGGAGCGGCUCUUCACGAGCGCGGGUGCGCGCACACAGCCCAAGGCCGACCAGGCACUGGCGCUGGGCGGCUUUGGCCUCAAUAAGAUGCAGCGGCCCAACCCUGCUUGCGAUUACCGGCAUACGGACUUCGUCGAGCUGACGGCCCCACUACUGAAGAGUGCGGCGUAUCGGAGCAUCUUGGGAUGCGAGGAUUGCAUCUCACAGACCUCGGAUUGGGGCCUUGAUACGUUUCUUCUGCUGAAGAUGGAGCUGGAAGGGCCGUGGAAAGGGGGGAAGGAUGGAGAGGGUGUGCUUUGAGAGCCCGUUUAGUGCUUGAAUAUGUCGGCGGAUGCGUGACCUGCAGUAGGUGUUUCAAUGUUUCUUCUGUGUUUCCGUGACCGGCUGCCUUGGGCAGCCAACGGACUGCCUCCCUGCGACCCGGAAGAGCGCAGCGAGGUGAAGCGUCGCGGAGCGCUGAAGCCUCCCCCCCCACCCGAUUCGGGAGGGACCUGGCAGGGAAGCCACACAUGUGAAUAUGGACGCAGCUGGACCAAAUCCAAAGAGAUAGGCAUUUUUUAAUGGAUGGACAGCAGAAAGAGAGAUGUAGACUAGGACAGAUGGGUAGACUAGGACAGAUGGGCCAGAUGCUCUGUAUUCGACGGAUCAAGAAAAGGCAGAUAGACAUCGUGGAUGGAUCGGGUAGUCGAUCCCAAGGAUGUGGUGCAAGUGGCUUGGAUGCAGGGAAGGUCGGACGACAGCAGUCGGACUUCCACGGUCCGGGGGGAAGCAUCAAGAAAGAACCCUAGAAGUGCAGGAAAAUGACUCAUAGACUACCCUGACUACCCCCCCACCAGUGCUGGAUCAUGACUGCAAGGUGGGGUUUCCUAUGAGUCAAAACGGAAGUUCUGGAAACGACACGAGGCGGACAUUGUUGAGGAGUGGGUGUUUCGCUAAACAAAAUCCUUACAACUAAUAGUCAAGGUCCUUUCGCAGACAUUCUGAGGAACUUCAAAGAUAUUUUUUUUCAGACAAAGAACUUCAAGAAGCGUGCAAAGAGGAUUCUGUUGUCCCCGUAGCUUUUGGUCAUCCAGCUCCUUGAGCUGUCCCAAUCGCCCCCAGCCGUCGCUCGCUACGUUCGUUGGUCGCUUAUGAGAUGUCACAAGGGAUUCACACCUGGGUUGGGAAACCACUGGAGAGCGUAGGAUCUGGGGCGAAAGGAGUUUUGGAGUUUUUGAUUUUCGGAUCUAUCUCGGACUAUAAUCAAAAGAUGUCAAAAGGAUCCUUGAGAAGAGUGGCCCAGAAUUGCACCCAGAAUCUUGAGCCAUGCAAACACCAAAGUAUUUGUUCAGACUGAGAUUCUACACAAAUUCUUGAAAGCGCAAGGUAUGUGGCCGAACGGCACGGAUGUGCGCUAGUUGACAAGACUCCCGUGAUCCACCUGGAUUGGUCCCUGGCGCGCAUCAAUGCUGGCUUCUAUUUGUCCUUCCUGUCCAUGCGGGCACGGUUCCAGAAGAACUGGACGCGCUACAAGGUCCUGGACUGCCAACGGCUGGGCCUUGGACCUCAGAUCGCUGCGAAACAGUUGAGGGCCAAAGCCAUCGCAUGAGCCGCGAUGCGCAGCGGACCGGAGCGAGCUCUCUUCUGGUGAGCCGAGUCCAUGGCUUUGGCCGAGUCCACAGCUGAAGGAAGCAACUCUCC